CCUCUUGAGUUUGUUUAGUGAAUCCAUGGCCACUCGACCUCUCAUCUCUCUGCAACUUCUUUCUUCUUCUUCUCUUUCAUCUUCUUUGUUAAACCAAACACCACAAUUUCUCUCUUAUCAGAAACCAGAACUAAUCAGCCACCAUAGAAAGUGGUCACGAACAAGUGCUCAUCAAUCCUCAGCUAAUCUCAUCAUUCACCCUUCUGUUAUCUUCCUAAGUAGCGGCUUCGAUGGCGGUGGCGGAUUCAUCGAUACACAGACUUUCAUUGUCACUAUCAGUCUCGUUGUAGCCAUUGCUCUAUCUCUCUUCCUCGGCUUCAAGGGAGAUCCAGUUCCAUGUGAGAGAUGUGGUGGAAAUGGUGGAACGAAAUGUGUAUUCUGCCUCGAAGGGAAGAUGAAGGUGGAAUCUGGCAUGGUUAAUUGCAAAGUCUGCAAAGGUUCAGGUUUGAUUUUUUGCAAGAAAUGUGGAGGUUCUGGAUAUUCUCGCCGUUUAUAAGUUAACUAUUUUCAAUAUUCACAUUGGUCCUUUGGACUAUUAUGAUAUUUAUUCUAACUUGUUUAUAGUCAUAUAACAAAACUGUGGUGCAUUU